UAUAAGUUAUCUGUCUAGAGAACAGAAGCAGAAAGUUGUAUGUAUACAUGCAUAUAUAAUAUGUUGUUAAUAAUAAUUAAGGUCUCCUUCUUCAGCUCCAAGAACUCAUGUCAUGUGCUCUGUUCUUUUCCUCCAUGAGGCAACUCCCAUGCUCUGUUUUCUCAUCUGGUGAAGAGAGAGGAGAGAGAGAGAGAGAGAGAGAGUGAAAUAGUUUCAGUGACACUUUCUUUUUUGUUUGGCUAGCGCUCGAGUAGGAAAACGAGCAAGAAGAAAGAAGAAAUACGCCGCUGUGCUCUGUUUGUUUGCUUUUCUUUUCUAUGAUGCUUCUCAAUUCCAUCACGGCGCCGAAAUGGGAUGAGAUGAGAGAGAGCUCUCUCUGUCUCUGUCUCUCUCUCUGUCUCUCUCUCUCUCUCUGCCCCCCUCUCUCUAGUCUCUACUUCUUGCUGUCUAUAUAAAUCCACUGAAGCCAAGCCGUCUCCCUCGCACUCCCUCUUCCACUCACAAUCACCCAUAUUAUUACUCUGUUGCUCGAUGCUCUGUUUUCAUAUUAUAAUACCACCAUCAUCAUCAUCGUCAUCAUCAUCAUCAUCCUAAGAGAGGGAGAGGUUGAGAGGCCCUUCUCGCGCGUAUCUUCUCUGUCUCUUGCAAUAAUAUAAUCCACCGAGGCGCAACAACGCCACAAUUAUCACGUUCUCCCCCUGUUGCAUGUCCACUUCAGUACUUGUGCAUGCUAGCUAGCUACCUGCUAUUACUAAAAAAUGGUGAUCUCCCACUCACACUCACUUUCACAGGCCUGUGACCUCCCCUCCCAUAAUUAAAAAAAAAAUACCAACCCAUCGAUCAAGACAAGAACCUGGCAACGGCAACACCCUCCCCUCCCAUUACAGUAAUCAUUUGAUUCCCUCUGUUUCUUCCCGUCUGUGUGUGCCCCUGCCGACCGACUGAAGGAACGAACAACGACGUGUGCAGGUAUAUUGGAUAAGAACUAGCAGGCUCUGACAGAAAAUUAAAGAUGAGCAAUCUGCAGAACUGCUGGCCGGAGCCCAUCGUGAGGGUGCAAGAGCUGUCAGAGAGCGGCAUCAACUCCAUCCCGGAGCGUUAUAUUAAGCCGCCAUCUGACAGGGCGGGGUUGCAGAACUCCCCAGGAAAUGAUACGUUCGGGGCGGUGAAUAUCCCGGUGAUAGACCUGCUCGGGAUGGCGGGGAAGGCAGAGGAGGAGGCAGUGGGGAGGGCGUGCAGGGAGUGGGGGUUCUUCCAGGUGGUGAACCACGGGGUGAGCCCCGAGGUGAUGAGGGCGGCCCGUGAAGGGUGGAGGGAGUUCUUCCACCUGCCGAUGGAGUUAAAGCAGCCGUAUGCCAACUCGCCCUGCACCUAUGAGGGCUACGGCAGCCGCCUCGGCGUCGAGAAGGGCGCUGUCCUUGACUGGAGCGACUACUUCUUCCUCCACUACCUCCCUACUUCCCUCCGCGACCCGGCCAAGUGGCCCUCCAUCCCUCCUCACUUCAGGGAACUGAUCGCAGAGUACAGCCAACAAGUGGUGGAGCUAAGCGGGAGGCUGAUGAAGGUGUUGUCGAGGAACCUUGGGUUGCCUGAGGAUCGGCUCCAGAAUGCUUUCGGGGGAGACAAUAUCGGGGCGUGCUUGCGGGUGAACUUCUACCCCAAGUGCCCGCAGCCCGAUCUCACCCUGGGGCUCUCCUCUCAUUCCGACCCUGGAGGCCUGACACUCUUGCUGCCCGAUGAGAACGUGCCUGGCCUCCAAGUCCGCCGAGGCAACUCGUGGGUCACUGUGGAUCCCGUCCCCGAUGCCUUCAUAGUCAACAUUGGAGAUCAGAUGGAGGUACUAAGCAACGGCAUUUACAGGAGCAUCGAGCACAGGGUGAUCGUGAACUCGGGCAAAGAACGGGUUUCUCUUGCUUUCUUCUACAACCCAAAGAGUGACAUACCGAUAGAGCCGGUCAAGGAGCUGGUGACAGAGGACAGACCGGCACUGUACCCGUCAAUGACAUUCGAUGAGUAUCGUCUCUACAUUAGGACGAAGGGUCCUAGGGGAAAAUCGCAAGUCGAAUCUCUAAAAUCGCCAAGAUAAUCGAUGACUCCACAGUUUGAUGAUACCCAUUGCCAUAUCACGUGCUUCAUGCGGUCGUCCGUAAAAAAUUUCAUUUUUCCCCGUUCAGAUAGUAAUAAUUGAUGUAAUUGUCUUCUGAGUCAAUUGAAGAAAAGUAAAAUAAUAAAUGGAAGUUGUUUGAAUCUUGUCCGACACGUGAACUAGGCAAUCUGUUGCCUAUGUCAAUAAUGUAAGCGAACAAAUUAAUGCAUGCAGCAGCAUAUAUCUUGAUUACUUUCA